AUGCCUAACUCAAGUGAGCAGUCGCAUUUUGGUGGCUCUCUGAGCCAGUGGGGUCCUGAAUGGACGGAAGGCCAGAACGACAGUCGCUGUCACUUCUGUGGCACCGUUGCAGGGCGAAGGAAUUCUUUGGCACCAUGUGCAGGAGAUCUUGAUCUUUGUGAGAAACAGGAUCCAGUUCUUCAGUCCACCCUGCACGUCCACCCUGUCCGGCAUGUGCAGCUGUUGAGGAAGAACUCUGCACCCGAUCUGAACAGCAGCCUCUACCUCAGACAAGUGAUGGCUGGCAGGGCUUCUGCACCACCUCAGGAUUACUACCUCGCUGACGCUACCUUACCAGGUCAUCCACUUGAAGAGUCUGGGUUUUAUAGGGAUAACCAGCACCUGCUCAACAGAUCAGUCUUGCAUUAUGGGUCCAGCGCAGGGGGGGUGAGGCCUACCUGGGAUCAAGGACGGGCAAGGGCCACACCUUCCGUGCUGGCCUGUGCUUCUACACCUACCCCUGCGCCUCCACCUCCUCCACCUCCUCCCCCACCUCCUCCACCCCCUCCUCCCCCUCCCCUUCAUGAGCUGAGCCGUAUGUACAGGGAAACGCUUGGAUCUAAGAUGAUCCAAGACAGCCAGCGUAUUGGUGGCAGCUCUCCCUCUCCUGCAUUCUACGGGGUCCAGCCCCCUCUUCCUUUUUACGCUUCUGAGCUAUCGUCUCUCUCUGCGCACCAAGCUUACAACAAUAUCAACAGCUUGUCCCUGGACCCUUGCCAGCCAGCUGCCACCAAUUCAGUGGUGGACCCAGCUUCUCAGGGAAUGGACGGAGUUCUACCACGGGCUUAUGGAGCUAUCGCCUCCCAGCGACUGCCUUAUGACCCAAACUAUGACCCAAGCUCAGCCAUGGUGGCUGCUACAGCUGGGGUGGCCUCUGGCCUCCCUCCUCAUCAUCCAAGUGCUGUAGACCCCAAGAAGAUGGUGGACCCAAACUUCUUGAAUUUUCUGCGAUCUGAAGGCUUGGCUGAGAGCACCAUCACUCUUCUGCUGCAACAUGGCUUUGAUUCUACUGGCACACUGGGAAUGAUGGAGGACCAUGAUGUCCGCUCUGUAGCGCCUAACUUGGCCCAGGCUCGUGUUUUGUCCCGUGUGGCACUCAGUUGCAAGGCAAGUGGGCCGGUUCCACGAACCCGAUCCAAUAGCUUCAGCCACCGCAACGAUCUCUACAUGCAGCCACAAGGUUUGACCAUGGACCCCAACCUGAUGCAGCAGCCUCCAACCACCAUUCAGACCGUGUCCCCCAGAAUGGGAGAGUUUCUUGGUAGAAGACCCAGUAGUGCACCUUCCCAACACUUACUGGAGACAACCACCUACCCAGGAGCACGGCCCCUGGCAACUGGAGCCUUCCCAAUCAGCCCUGGAGGAUAUAGCAGUGCUGUGACACAGGGAAGACCCCUUUCCCUAUACAAUGCCCACACUGGUCUUGCUAUGUCUGCUCUUGGACAACAGCCUCCACCAGCUCCGGGCACGCCUGGAGCUGCCCCCAAAACCUUCUCUGGCUCCUAUUCCCCCAUGGAGCUGAUGAAGAGGGCCCCCAACCUAGCCCCAGCAUCGCCAGUAGGAGCGGCAAGCCCCCUUCACAGCCCCCAACUUCUCCGGAAAGGGCUCAAUGCUACUACUGAGAGUACCAUUGUUCCAGUUACUUCUUCUAACACUCUCCAAGCGCAAAACCUUAACAACAACAAGAUGGUAGGACGGCGUACUGGUCCACCUGUCAUAGUCUCAACCAUGGCCACCACACCUGACACAAGUAUUCGGCCCCAAAUCAUGAACGGGCCAAUGCAUCCGCGCCCCCUGGUGGCGCUGCUGGACGGGCGCGACUGCACCGUGGAGAUGCCCAUCCUGAAAGACUUGGCUACCGUCGCCUUCUGUGACGCUCAGUCCACACAGGAGAUACAUGAGAAGGUGCUCAAUGAGGCAGUGGGGGCCAUGAUGUACCACACCAUCACCCUGACCAGAGAGGACCUGGAAAAGUUCAAAGCUCUACGCAUCAUCAUCCGCAUCGGCAGCGGCUACGACAACAUCGACAUCAAGGCUGCUGGAGAGCUGGGCAUCGCUGUGUGUAACAUUCCCUCGGCAGCUGUGGAGGAGACGGCGGACUCCACCCUGUGCCACAUCCUCAACCUUUACCGGCGAAACACCUGGCUCUACCAGGCUCUCCGGGAGGGCACGCGGGUCCAGAGUGUAGAGCAGAUCCGCGAGGUGGCUUCCGGCGCCGCACGCAUCCGCGGCGAGACCCUGGGCCUCAUCGGCUUCGGUCGUUCGGGCCAGGCGGUGGCGGUGCGGGCCAAGGUUUUCGGCUUCAAUGUUAUCUUCUACGACCCCUACCUGCAGGACGGCCUGGAGCGCUCGCUGGGCGUGCAGCGCGUCUACACCCUGCAGGACCUGCUCUACCAGAGCGACUGUGUGUCCCUGCACUGCAACCUGAACGAACACAACCACCACCUCAUCAACGACUUCACCAUCAAACAGAUGCGUCAGGGCGCGUUUCUGGUCAACACCGCGCGGGGAGGCCUGGUGGACGAGAAGGCUCUGGCCCAGGCACUGAAGGAGGGGAGGAUACGUGGAGCCGCCUUGGACGUUCACGAGACGGAGCCCUUCACUUUUGCUCAGGGCCCACUGAAAGACGCUCCCAAUCUGAUCUGCACGCCGCACACAGCCUGGUACAGCGAGCAGGCCUCCCUGGAGAUGAGGGAGGCGGCUGCCACCGAGAUCCGAAGAGCCAUCACCGGCCGUAUCCCAGACAGCCUAAGAAACUGCGUCAACAAGGAGUUCUUCGUCACCACGGCGCCAUGGGCCGUCAUGGAUCAACCAGGCGUUCACCCUGAGCUCAACGGCGCUGCCUACAGAUACCCGCCGGGUGUAGUUGGAGUGGCUCCGGGCGGCAUGCCGGGGGCGUUAGAGGGCAUGGUGCCAGGUGGGGUGCCCAUCGCCCACACCUUGCCCUCUGGUACACACCCCUCCCAGGCCCCGUCGCCCAACCAGCCCUCCAAACACGGCGAGACCAGAGAGCACCUCACCGAGCAAUAGCAGCAGAAGGGAAAAAUGUCAACCCGGCCCGUCGACACUCAGAACCAACCAAUCACAAAGCAAACCGACCAACUGGGACCAAGAGACAGUGAAGCAACACAAGCGGGCCGCCUGUUAAAUCAGUCGGCAAACUGGGAACAAACGAAGUGUUCCGGGGGAAUUUGUACUUUUAACGUUUUAGUUUUUACUCUCUGUCUCUUUGGGCUCAGUACCGACUUUACUCUUUGAUGAUGUUUUUUUUUUUCUUUUUUUUUUUUUUUGUUCUUCUUCGGGACAUGCCUAUGAUUGUGGACACAGAGUCCAGUGUUUUUAGUGCUCCGGGAUCAACCCAAUGAGACUCUGUCCCGCCUCCCUCUACACCUCAGAGCUCAUGGGUACGUUAGGCCCGCAUCUCAACACACCGCUGGGCAAACAAGAGGAAAAACUUUGGCAUCAUGUGCUACUGGACCUUACUCUCUCUCUCCCCCCCAACUCCACCCCGAUUCCCUCCUGAUCCCUCCCCCAACUCUCCUCCACCCCCCUCCUGCUCCAACCCUCCUUAUGUAACUAAUGUGUGUUGUUUAGGCCCCCCAUUAUGCCUCAGAAGAGAAUUAUUAAUUUUGUUUUUUCUUUCGAUCUUUAGUGUGAAUGACUAAAAAUGGAUUAUUGACUUAUAUAUAUUUAUCAUUCGUCAAAUAAAAAAGGAAAAAGAUUGCUCAUCAGUUAUAGUAAUCUAGAGUGGGUUUUAACCCUUUCCUGGCAGGAAUAACGUACAAGUAUGAUGGCUGACACAGCUGCAGUUACAGGAUCUCACCACUUGAGGGCACUUCUACACAGCGUUGAGGGGUUUGAAAGCUCAAGUUGCUCCAGUACAUGUAGACACAAAACAACAAAAAACACUCACUUUAUAUAUUUGAUUGUAGCUGAAUUUUGAGGUUAUAUGGAUUGAGAGGUAUUGUUUUGUUUUUUUUCUCUCUUUUAGUUGUGAAGCGUUGAUGUGAUGUGUCGGCGUGACUGUGAGCUGUGAUGAAGGAAAACAUUUUUAUAAUCAUAGAAGGAAAAAAACAAAAUAAGGAAGUCUGUGUGACUUCAGCUGAUUCUUCGGAUAUUUCUGCCGACGGACAACAAGUCGCUCUCAUCGCACAAAUCCGAUAACCCGCCCUCCUCCCCUGUCCCCUCCUCGCUUCUUUGAGCACAUAUCCCGCUGAAGACAGGAAAGGGUUAAAGCAAACUUCAUUUCUUAAUGACUCAGGAAAACACUUUUUUGCAGAUAUUGUUUAUUCCCAGAAUUUUGUCUUUGAGGAUAAAAGAAAAAAAAAAGAUAAAGACUAAUCCGGUUAGUCUGGAUAUUUUCUCUCCUCCCUCAUCCCCUCUCCAUUGUGGUAUUUUUAUAUACAAGGCGCAUCCCACGUUUUUUGGUGUUAAAGAGUUUUGAAGAGUCCUGUUAGAUUUGUAUUGCCUAGUUAAAUGUUCCUAUAACCAUAGUCCUAUGUGAUCCGCCCUCUCUCUCUUCUCUCCUUCUUAUAUUUUCUUUGUUCUAUUGAAGGCCAGGUUCUUUGGGGCAUCCUGUUCUCUGUACGAGCAAUAGCAGAAACUCCCUACUUAGUGUCCCGACAAUAGCAGAAGAGGCAGCCAGCAGUAUGUUUUUGUUUUUAGUGUGAGUAUUUGUAUUUGUUUCUUGUACAAGGUGAACAUUUAGCAUUCAGUGCAGUUCAAAUAAAAAGAUACGAUUCUGAGAAACCA